GCGGCACUUCCGGAGGCCAGGCAGCAGCUUCCGGUGAUGGCGGUCAGGGCCUGUGGCUUCGUUAUCUUCAGAAGGUUCACCCGGGGUUUGACCUCAAAAUCUCAGGACAGUAGCAUUGAGUUCCUGCUCUUACAGACCUCGUACGGGGAGCACCACUGGACGCCUCCUAAAGGUCACGUUGAUCCAGGAGAGGAUGAUUUUCAAACCGCACUUCGUGAAACAGAGGAAGAAGCAGGAUUGAAAGCUGAAGAGUUUCAUGUGCUUGAUGGGUACAAGAAAGUGUUAACCUACAAAGUAAAGGAAAAGCCCAAAACUGUUAUCUAUUGGCUGGCAGAGCUGAAGGACUAUAACACAGAAGUAAAACUGUCUCAUGAGCAUCAAGCAUUUCAAUGGUUAAAAGUGGAUGAGGCCUGUAAGUUAGCUAAAUAUCAAGAUCUGCAGAAUCUCCUGAAAGAAGCUCAUCAAUUCAUCUCCACAAUUAAGUAAAGUCAAGAUUGUAUAUAUUCAGUUGACCUAAGUGUGGAAAGAUGUUUGACUUUUUUUUAAUAAAAAGCAGAAGAAAGGAAAUCUGUUCUCAAUGUGAUUGUUCACUUGGAAUUGGAUGCUGUAAAUAAUGAUUAAUUAUGGAUGAUUAUGUUAUGUAUGAUCAUAACCAUAAGUGUUCAUUCAUAUGAUUAUGGGUAAUGUACUCGCUGUUGUUUAAUAAGGAAAAUGGGCAAUUGAAUGACCUAUGAAACCCCUGAAGUAAGCGGUGAAAUGGAACCUAGGGGUCAGCAGGGUGGUGGUACAAACUGGUUUUAAAGCUACCAAAGAAGUUAGACGAAGUUACAUUUUCCAGAACAAAGAAACAUGUCAGAGUAGCAGUUUCAAGGUCUUAUGAGGGAGGCUGGUACACACCAGAUAAGACAGCUCAAAGAAUGAUGCGCAGAUGCGAAGAGAGGGUUAAGGAAGGGUCACGGUAUCAUCCCGUGCCAAAACCCUUUUGACUUAACUAGUUUAACAAUAGACAGAGGUCAAGUAAGGAAGGGAAGAAAAUGCUGACUUGAGAGCAUUCCAGGGAAGAACUAAUUGAAUUUAAAAACAAGUGGAUCAGGAGACUAAAACGUCAGGGAGAUAAGGAAAAGAGGACAAUGGCCGACAAGACCUGGUCUUUGUACGGACGCUCCUAGAAGUAUAAAUAUAGGAAGUCAAGAGGUAGCAAGUGAGAACGACUCCUUGGAGGACGAGCAGGAGGGCUGAAGGAGGGAGAACCACAAGGACUCCUAGUUAAAACUCCGACCAGCGAGCAGGCAGUCUGUCCAGAUAAUCACUGGGUGACUCAGGAGAGCAGGAGGAGAGAGCCUGAGAACGUCCGUCAAGAUGAUUACUCGACUGACCAGAGAAGGGCACCACGCACAUUCCAAGAGGGAUAGCUGAGUGAGCCAAGUAUCUGAGGGAGAGAGAGAGAUCCUGCUACAAGAGCUGGGGGCCAACAGAGUGCACACUGCAUACCGGUCCAAAACUCGUUGCUGGAGUAUCCUAUCGUGAUCCUACUGAAGCGGCUGCUAGUUACCGGUAGUAUAGUGAUACGCACACUCACGCAUCCAUACACGACACACCUUCUUUCUUGUACCCACUGUGUUAAUCUUAUAUGAUUUUAUUAGUUGUAUACUUUUCUUAAAUAGUAUUCGCGAUCAGGAUGCUAUGAUUUCCUCAUAAAUUAGUGUUGCGAGCCAGUUGGGGUAAUCAUGAUUAUGAUAGUCGUCUGUGAACAUAUUUGUUAACCAUAUUGACUCAAGUGCGUUCCUGUUUUAAUCGGGUGUUGUUGAGCCUGGAGUUCCUACUAUAACUUUUAACCUAACAUUGUACUGAUCAGUAUAUUUUCAAGUAUAUUCGGAAACUUAAAUAAACCCUAUUAAACAAC